AUGGACGACGAUGACAUUGCUCUCGCCGAUUCUUUCAUCAAUUUCGAACUUGCCGCCUCCAGCCCUAUCUCAGAUGAUCCUCCUGAUCCAUUUAUCACCGAAUCUGGUUCUUCCGAUUCGGAUCCUCCAGUUGGUAGUUCCGGUAUCGAGGAAAGGAUUGGGAGUUUCGGUUUGGUUGAAAAGGAGGUAGAUGAAAAUGAAAGCGGCGGAGUUAGAUGCGGGAUUGUGGCUAUUGACGAUGCUGUUGGAAUGGAGAGUGAAGAUAGCGAGGUUAGAGACGAUGUUAUUGCUACUGAUGAUGAGAGUAGAGGCGAUGUUAUUGUUAAUGAUGAUGAGAUUAGAGGCGAGAUUGUCGCCAAUGUUUAUGAGAUUAGAGGCGGGAUCAUGGGUGUUGAUGAUGCUGUUGGAAUGGAGAGAGUAGGUUGUGAGAUUAGUGGCGAUGUUAUUGCUAAUGAUGAUGGGAAUAGAGGCGAUGUUAUUGCUAAUGAUGAUGGGAAUAGAGGCGAUGUUAUUGUUAAUGAUAAUGAGAUUAAAGACGAGAUUGUCACUAAUGAUGAUGAGAUUAGAGGCGAGAUCAUCGGUGUUGAUGAUGCUGUUGGAAUGGAGAGUGAAGAUGGUGAGAUUAGAGGCGAAGUUAUUGCUAAUGAUGAUGAGAUUAGAGGUGAGAUUGUAGCUAACGAUGAUGUUAAUGCAACUGUUACUGAAGGUUCUAAUAGGGAGAAUGAGUGUUCUGAUAGUGGUAUUAAAAUUGAUGAGGAGUAUGAAUUGGAAGAAGGUGAGAUAGUAGAAUCUGAUAAUGAUAGAAAAGUCUGUUCAGUUGAUUCAGAUGAUGAAGAUUCAGAAGAAAGAUCUGUCAGGUUCACUAAUGAGCUUGAGAUUCUUCCUAGGGUCCCUCCUGUGAAUGUGAAAUUGGGACCACAUCAUAUAUUGCUGCCUCUGGGAGUUGUUACAUCUAUUGUUGGUGCUAGAGUCAUUGUGGAAGGGUCGGAGAAACACGACCCUCUUGAUCAAGGUUCUGUUCUCUGGAUUACUGGAAGGCAAACACCCCUAGGUGUCAUUGAUGAUACCUUUGCACAAGUUAAAAAUCCACAUUAUAUAGUGAGAUACAAUUCGGAAGAUGAAAUCCCAGAAGGGGUCCAUGAGGGAACUUUGAUUUCGUUUGUUGCCGAGUUUGCUGAACAUGUGCUUAAUUCCAAGGAUCUUUACAAGAAAGGAUCUGAUGCAUCCGGGAUGUAUGAUGAGGAAGUGUCCGAUGAAACGGAAUUUUCAGAUGAUGGGCAAGAGGCCGAGUACUAUAGAAUACAAAAACAGUCAAAAAGAGGCCAAAGCAGUCAAAAUUCUGAUAGGAUGAAAAACGACAGGCAGCAUCUUCCACUAAAUGAUGGUUCCAUCCCUAAGAGGCAAAUGGUUGCUCAUGGUCACGGUCCACCUGUUCCGAGCAGUGGACAAGGCUUUUUUGGUGUUGGUCGUGGUCAUUCUUCCCCUAUUCCUGGCACUGGACAAGGCUUUUCUGGUGUUGGCCAUGGACAUUCUUCCCCUCUUCCACCACUACUGGCAUUGCCACACCAGCCUCCAGUGUCCCAUAAUUGGUCUAGUGGAUUCCUUACAAAUAAUGUCGCAUGGUACCCAGAAAAUACCCAAAAUUUUCAUCAGCAGCCGAUGAAAGGAAUCCCAUUUCAACAGCAGCCGAUGAAAGGAAUCCCAUUUCAACAGCAGUUCAAUCCCAGCCACAGGUUUCCUCCACCAACUGUAUAUCCUGGAGGACAGCCCAAUAUGUAUGCAGAACCAAUGCAUGCACAGGGGCCCAUGAAUCAAAACCAAAGGACACACUUUCCCCAGUUUCAAGCACCUACAUAUUUUCAACCAGCUAAUAUUUCAGGCAAUCUAGGUGGCCAUCCGCAUCAAUUCAACCCACCUACAUAUUUUCAUUCACCGCCAAUUGCAGGCAAUCAAGGUGGCCCUCAGCAUCAAGUCAGUCUACCUGCAAAUUUUCAAUCACCGCCAAUUUCAGGCUAUCAAGGUGGCCCUCCGCUUCAGUUCAACCCACCUGCAAAUUUCCAAUCUUCACCAAUUUCAGCUAAUCAGAAUCCUCCACAAUUUAAUCAGCAAUUCAAUCCCGGUGCUUAUGAUGGCCGCGAGAGAACAUUUGCUGGACACAGGAGGAGACCAUCCCAUAGAGGUGGUAAAGGUUGGCGACCAGCCAAAUAA